CGCAGCAGCAGGGAGGGGCUCUUAACCCGGUUCAGCAACUGAAGCUUGGUGCUCGGGUUACCCCUGCAGCGACGCCCCCUGGUCCCACCGAUACCACUGCUGCUCCCGCCCCUUCGCUCUUCGGCCGCGCAAUGGGCACCCGCGACGACGAGUACGACUACCUGUUCAAAGUUGUCCUUAUUGGAGAUUCUGGUGUUGGAAAGAGUAAUCUCCUGUCUCGAUUCACUCGAAAUGAGUUUAAUUUGGAGAGCAAGAGUACCAUUGGAGUAGAGUUUGCAACAAGAAGCAUCCAGGUGGAUGGAAAAACAAUAAAGGCACAGAUAUGGGACACAGCUGGGCAAGAGCGGUACCGAGCUAUAACAUCAGCAUAUUAUCGUGGAGCUGUAGGUGCUUUAUUGGUUUAUGACAUUGCUAAACAUCUCACAUAUGAAAAUGUAGAGCGAUGGCUGAAAGAACUGAGAGAUCAUGCUGAUAGUAACAUUGUUAUCAUGCUUGUGGGCAAUAAGAGUGAUUUACGCCAUCUCAGGGCAGUCCCUACAGAUGAAGCAAGAGCUUUUGCAGAAAAGAAUGGUUUGUCAUUCAUUGAGACAUCUGCUCUAGACUCUACAAAUGUAGAAGCUGCUUUUCAAACAAUCCUGACAGAGAUAUACCGCAUUGUUUCUCAGAAGCAAAUGUCAGACAGACGUGAAAAUGACAUGUCUCCAAGCAACAAUGUGGUUCCUAUUCAUGUUCCUCCAACCACUGAAAACAAGCCAAAGGUGCAAUGCUGUCAGAACAUCUAAGGUGUUUUCUCUUCUCCCCUAGAAGGCUGUGUAUAGUCCAUUUCCCAGGUCUGAGAUUUAAAUAUAUUUGUAAUUCUUGUGGUCACCUUUGUGUUUUAUUACUUCCUUAUACUUAUGAAUUUUUCCAUGUCUUGAGUCUUUGAUUUUAGCUUUAUAAAAUCAUCCACAUGUCCCAAAUGACUGCAGCUCUUUUUCAUGCUAUGGCCACACCAGCCUUAGUUUAAUAAACUGAAUGUUUGGAUUCCUCAAUUUUGUUUACUUUUCAUCAUGGUAGCCUGUCACUGUAGGAUAUAGUAGAAUUUGAUCACUCAAAGCUCAGAUCUGUUGGUCUUGAUCAAAUCAAACUAAGACCUUUAAAAAAUCAGCUGUUAUUUUGCCCCACAGAGCAGCUUAUAAUUAAUACACUCUUCUCUCAGUGCAGUGUAUAUUUCCACAAAUCUAAAAAUUACCCUUUAAACAUAGCAAGAUUUUGAGAGCUUGAAAUUUAUCCAUUAUUCUGAAAGUCAUUUUCCUAAAAUGCCUUAAUAAAUUUGUGUAGUUUAGUGUAUUUUGUUCUUUAAUUUUUGUAAGCAUCAAAGUUGGUUAGAGAGAGGGGCACUUUUUUCUGAACAAGAAUAAUCUUAAUAAACACAAAACGACUGUUAUGGUUUUGGCAGCAGUAUGAUUAUGGGGCCACAUAUUAUAUAAUGCUGCCUGACAGACUGGGAACUAGUGACUGGUGGAAUUCCAUCUGAAAUGCCACUGUUGCAACAAUCAGGCAGCCCACAUCAUUUAACUGAUCUAAUUUCCCAGCAGCAGAUCAUGCAGCAUUUUAUUGCUCAGGCAAUGACUGGAUUAAUGCUGGUAGUAUCAAACCUUUAAGUGUUAAUUUUUUCUUAAAACUUUCCAGUAAAUGAAAUGCAACCUAGUUUUGUCACCAUAUCCACCACAGGCAUGGGUAAUUAUUUUGAUAGUGCUGAUAUUUGAGUUUUACAGUAUGUUAUAGAAUAUAGUCCAGUUAAGUCUUUGGUUUCAGUUUGUCUAAGGAAUACAAUGAGAGGUUACUUUCUGCUCAAGUGAUAUCACUUAAAGGCAUGUAUUCUUUUAGUAUGUAAGAUGAAAUAGUACCUUGAGUUUAAAUAGAAUGCAUUUAGGCAUUGUACAAACUUAACAUAGUUUUCUUCCACUACAUGUUGAAAUCAAUGGAGCAACUAGUUUCUCAUUCAGAAAUGUGCACACUGAUAUUUAGUUUUACUUUUUUGUGGAUAAUAUUAAGCACUUACUCUGCAGUGUUCUGCAAAUUGUGUCAACUGCAGUGAUACUAUUCAGGAUGGUGGGAUAUCCCAAAAAAUAUAUAUGUGUGGGCUUGCACAGAUUACUUUGUUUCAUGAUUACUCUUCUGUCUUUUGCGGUGCUCAUGACGUGUGGGGUGCACGGAAGGCAUUGCUGUAGUCAUUCAUUUUGGUUUUCGUCUACGGCCACUUUAUUUUCCUGUAUUGGUUAUGAAGAUAUUAUCUGUUUGUAAAUUGCUACUUUGUAUUUUAUGCAUGCUUUGUAACUUGAUUUUUUUUUUCAGUUAUUGAUUUGGAAUAUAUUCACAUUCUAAUAAACAGUUAUAGGGGGA